AUGCUACCUUUGUUACUUUUCCUCACCAUUCCCUCGCUAUUGUUUGCAUUUGAUUGUGGAUCGGAUCCCAUUCAAAAUAGUCUCUCUGAAAUGGUCAUCAAAAUCGACUGCCCAGCCAGGUUAGAUGCUUUCAACAAUUGCUGCACGGCACACGAUAGAUGUUAUGCAGCAAAAGCGGGUAGAGAGAACUGCGACGAAAUCUUUUGCGAUUGCACGACACAGGCUGGGAAUGUCAAUUUACAAUGCCAAGCUCAUGGCCGAAACUUCUGUGGAAUGGUUCGAAAUUUCGGCUCACUUGCAUAUGCAACGGGAAGAAAA